AUGGAUGUGUAUUUUGAUAUCCAAAGAGGGAGAACCUUUUGCAUUGAAAUUGGAUACUUCGAUAGUGUUCUUGAGAUCAAAGAAAAGGUGCACAAGUAUCAAGGCAUUCCCGUUGCAAAACAAACUCUCUUUUUCAACGGCCAUAUUCUCCAAGAUGAUGGCGACGUUUGGAAGUACGACAUUCUUAACAAUUCGCACAUUCAACUCGUCGUUGCGGACUCAGACAAGUCGCCCGUUGCUGGUAUGAUCAAGAUCGAAGAUGUAUCAGCAAUAAGGAGCGACUUGUCUCCCACUGUCAUCAAGGUCCAUCUCAAUUUGAAAAUCGCUUCAUUUAAAGCGCAUGUUCCCGUGGAAAUGAACGUAACGGACAGCGUUUUGAAACUGAAAGAAAAGAUUCAAGAAAUGGAAGGCGUAUCGACAAACAAGAUUCUCUUACAUGCAAUAGGAAUAGAAUUACACGAUCAUCAGCUACUGAAAGAUUGUGACAUUUCAGACAAGUCUGAAAUCGACGUGAGUCUGAGACCAUCGCCUACAACUUCAGCUGUGGCUAGUAGCCGCGGCAGCGGUAGUGGCAGUGCUUCGAAGAAGCUCAAGCUAAUGGUGUUGCCAAAUACAGAGACCAAUAAGAUACCUGUGGAAGUGAAUGCAUCAGAUAACGUUAGAGAGUUAAGGAAAGAAUUGCAAAAGUUGCAUCAGAAUUUGCAAUUUCAUUUACCACAAGAAGAUUAUUUCUUCAUUUACAAGCAGAAUGUUAUGGAUGACAAUAUGUCUUUUCGAUCGCACGAUGUUGUUCAAGGUGAUACCAUUGAAAUUUUCAAUGGUAGUGUCACGGGUGGUUCAUGA